UAAAAUGUCAAAAUAGCAGCCGCCGAGAAUGUAGACAAACAAACAGACGAAAGGAACAAAUAAAACAAAAUGUCCAACAAAAUAUUUCCAUAAACAGUCGAAAAAUCGGUUUAUUUUGUGCAUGUUCAACUGAAAACAAUACAGAGCGAAGUAAAAAUAGUCGAUUGAGUGAAUUUCAGUGAAGCGAUAGCGAUUGACACAAAGAAAACUCGUCGUAUUCAGUGUUUGCUAAAGAACCGGGAAAAAACAUUGCAAAAACCACGGAUUGCGCAAGAUGGAAGGAAACGGUGGUGUCUAUGCUGCGGAAAAAAUCAUUCAAAAACGUAUCCGAAAGGGAAAAGUCGAAUAUCGCGUAAAAUGGAAAGGAUGGACACCGCGUUACAAUACCUGGGAACCUGAAGAGAAUAUCCUCGACACUCGGCUCAUUCAAAUAUUCGAACGAUCGAAUGCAUCAUCUCCGUUGAAGCGUGGACCCAAAAAGAAAGAACGACAUUCCGAACCAGACCCAGAAUCUGAUGACGACACCGAAACGGUGGCCGACGAUGACAACAAACCUGAUGUUGCACAAGAAGUGGUCGUCAAGGCGGAGGAAAAGAAGGAGAGAAAAGAGUCUGCGAAAGAAAUGAAAGCUGAAAAGAAAAAAUCCAAUGAGGAAGCGGAAAGUGUUGCAGACAAACCGUCGUCAAGCAAAUCGAGUCACACGGGUCUGAGGGAUUCUACCAUGAAUGUUGCAGUUACAAUCCCACCGCUACUGAUUGAAGGUGAUACAAAUUCUAGUAGCAGUGAAGACCAACCACUCCGGCUGAAAGAAGUCAGUGGCACUAAACGUAAGGCCGAAGUGCUGUCCAAAGAAUCGGGAAAAAUUGGAGUUACAAUAAAAACGUCACCGGAAGCGCAACCUCCAACAAAACAUAUUUGUCUCGAAAUAGCAACAUCAUCAGUCACUGCACCAGCCAAAUCAGCUCCAUUAUCACCGGAAACUCCCGCUUCACAUCCAGAGUCGGAUACACCUCCUGAAGUACCUGCAGCGCCAUCAGCCGAAGUUUUACCCGAAAAUAAAGUACAACCGCACGACGAACAGCAGAAAGAAUGUGAAAACGUCAACAAUAAUGUUCCCAUGCACCCAGUUUCGCCAAGAGCACCGCCAAGAUUAUGGUUUCCCAGCGCUCGCGUCAGUGAUCAAAUUUUCAUCACGGAUGUGACGGUGAAUUUAGAAACGGUGACAAUUCGUGAGUGCAAAACGGAACGGGGUUUUUUUCGGGCACGGGACAUGAAAAAUGAUUUAUGUUGAAGAUAGGAAGAUGAGCAUGAUAUAUUGUCCAUCCCGAAGUGUUGAACAUUUGCCUAACGAUUGAGUUUCCCUUGAAAUGGCCGACUUUAUUUUAGAAAUUCUACUUAGCGUAAAACCAUCAAAUGUAAUCUCCUGAUGUCGUAUUUACUUAACAGACUUCUUGUACAAUUUUGUCUAAGUCAGAAGAUGUACGUGGCUUUGAAGUGCUGCACUCGAAAAAUGAAGAGAAUUCGUUAAUUUGUUUACCGUUUCCAACGUCUUGGAUCACUGGCUAAGUUGCAAAGAUUGUGUCACUUCAGGCUCGUAGCCAGAGGAUAUUUAUUAUCAAAACGCAACCAACAGUCUGUAAUAAUGACUGAGACCCGAAACGACUAAUUAAAAAAAAGGGAAUUAUGGGACCUUUGGCAUAGAAGGUAAAAACACAUCCACUGACAUUACGAUGAAGUAUUUUUACGUGCUUAGAAGACCUUAUUUUUCAUAUUUCAAUCACUAGUAUCGACAUUUGCGGUAAAACUUAAGUAAUUGUUGAGACUCUGUUACUGUGACCGAUGUAAUUAAAUGUCUUUUCUCCCGUGAACCCGCUAGUUCCAAAAUAAAUAGAAAUGUCGCACGAAAAGUUGAUCUUUCAACUUGUUAUCCCUAGUGAUGUGUCUGUGAUCUCAUAGCUUUCUUUAUCACCCAAAAGUCCCCUUACUUAUACUUUCAAAUUAUUUCUA